CCCACUGUGCAACGUUAGCUUUUGCUGACCAGCACGUUUGCCGUGUGCUGCUUCUCGUAAGGUGGAAAGGGUGAGCCUGGAGCUACCAGUCUGCUUUCUCAUACGAGUGUGGCGCCCAAGGGGGCAUUUUCCUCUCGGAGUUGGUAGACUGCGUGCUCUUUGGCUCCUGCUUCAUUUUAGACGAGUGGAAGGAAGUUAGGUAGGGACAAUUUAGCUCCUUGCUCGGGACUAGUACUGCCUCAGGGGAGUGCUCCUGAGCUCUGAUAGCUUUGGCGGAUCCACGCUCCUUUGGUGUAGUGCUAUAUCUGGAGCUACUCUGAGCAGAAUGCUGAGGCUGAUGUAUUCAGAGCCAGUGUUUCUGUUCCCCUUGUUGGGCUCGGUGGUGGGCAUGAGAGUGUCCAGAUGAACAUCUUCAUUUGAUAUGACUACUCCUACUGAAUCACCCUGUUUCGGAAAAACUUCACCUAGAUUUGACUUAUCUACAUGCUCUAAUUACGACCCUACGAAAGCUAAAUAUCUGAUACUCAGUUCAACUGUAAAGAAACUUUCUUCUUUAUCACCAUUUCUCGUACAAAAGUCUCUAGAAUCUCAGAUAGGUAAUACAAAAAAUGUUCGUGCUAUUCCCUCUGGUGACUUGUUAGUGGAAACUAGUUCUGAAAAGCAGACUACCCUUCUUUUAAAAUCAAAUAAACUUGGCAAUGUUCCUAUUAAUGUUGCACCCCAUAAGACAUUAAACAUAUCGAAAGGCGUUAUAACAGAAAAAACACUACAAUUUCUUCCAACCUCUGAAAUAAUUGAAGGCUUCUCUAGUCAAGGCGUAAUUGAUGUACGACAUAUAACAAUAAGAAAGGGCGAUGAAAUAGUUCCUACACAACACUUGAUUCUAACUUUCAACACAGCAAAUUUACCUAAGGACAUUAAAGCUGGCUAUAGAAAUUGUAAAAUCCGUCCAUACAUACCAAAUCCACUUCGCUGUUUUAAAUGCCAGAGGUUUGGCCACGCCACCAACAACUGCCGAGGCAAAGAAACCUGCUCUCGCUGCGGUCAGACAAGGCAUAACUUCAAAUCCUACACGUUACCAGAACAAUGCAUAAAUUGCCAUGAACCCCACUCCGCUAAUUCUCGAAUGUGUCAAAAAUGGAAGCAAGAGAAACAAAUUAUAAGCAUUAAAAUUACGUAAAAUCUAUCCAACACUGAAGCUAGAUCUAAAUUUUUAAACUCACAGCCACGACCUAAUAUUUCGUAUGCUGCAGCUGUCACCAAUUCAAAGAUAACUAAAUCCAUCGGCAUACAAUGUAACGUAAUCGAAGCAGAAGUACAAACAUCUCAACAAACAACCUCUGCCUCAAAAACCAUACCGUCUCAUCAAAUACACAAAUCUGUAAAAUCUGUUUCCCCUCAAUCAACAUCUUCACAAAACAAUACUGAAAAAAAUCAAUAUCUGAAACUAACUCCACAGCUAGUAAAUGUUUUGCACAAAAAAUUAACCCAGACGCCACAAUUAAGCAAACCCAAAUUUGUUUCAAAAAGUAAACAAAAUCGUUUCAAUAAAAAUAGGAACAAAUUAUCCAACAGUAAGCUAGAACAAUCUGAAGAUAUGAGCACUGAUAACGCAACUGAUUCGGACAU